AUGAGCUUUCCUCCUUCAGAGCCGCUUCAGGAGGUUUUGGCUGCGGGCCCGGGUUUUGCCAGUGGGGGUGUUGAUCCGCCGGCCCCUUUUGUGCAAGUGCAGGGUCGCCUGGAUGAGCAGGUUUCAGGUGCCUUCCCUGUGUCUGCUGCAGAGGGCCCUGCAGAGCUCGAGCCAGAUGACCACUCCGAACCCGAGCUAGAUGUGCCGAGGUGUUUUUGUAAAGGUUUCUUUGGUUCCUUCCCGGCCGGUGCCCUCUUCCCUAGGGGUUUAGGUCCCGGUUCUUCUGCUGGCUCCCCAGACUUCUCAAGAGGUGUUCCGUCCUCAGAGCUUGGUGAUGCCGUUUCAGAGGGUCGUUGGUGGGAUCAGGUCAGGGACAGCGAAUGCGAAGAGGAACCCGUGGUCGACCCCCUUGAAUCUUCAAGCAUCGACUUUGCUUCGACUUUCCGCUCAGCAGUGCAAUCUCAAUUCAGCUUGCAGGAUCGUAACCCUUUGAGGUUGCCUUGGGAGAUGGGUGUCUUUGGGGAAAUCUUUGGCUCUUCAGAACCUGAGCUUUUCCCUUCACUGAAGCGAACAGUCCCCACGCCCUUGGAAGCCGAUGAAGGUUCUCAUAGCGAGGCUGCUCCCGCAGCAGUCAAGCGAGUGAGGGUCUUGGACAAGGGUGUUUCGUUUGCCUCAGCUGUCAAGAUGAGGGUGCCAGUGUCUUGGAAAGAUCAGAGAGCCGCCCAGUUCGACAUCGGGGUUGAUUUGUGGCUUACUUUAAUCAAAGGUUGGGGCCCAUGCAACUUCGUUGACAUGCUGGAGGCCGAAGUCCAAGGCGAUUCCCAGAGGGAAGUCGUGUCCGAUGUCUUGAGGGGAAAGGCGCCAUCGACCUUGCUUAAGAGGGCCAGGGCCAUUUCAGGUCUGCAAGCUUUCCUUGCAGAAAGGAUGAUCACCUUCCCCUGUGGCGAGAAGGACCUCUACACCUUCUUGAAACAUAUGGAAGCUGAGGGCAUGGCGAAGAGCAGGUGCACAGGGCUGCUCGAGGCCCUUGCUUUCGUGCGACACGUCAUUGGUGUGGAUGAGGUUGAGGAUCUGCUUAAGAGUAGAAGGUGCCGUGGUGUGGGAGUGGUGGAAGCCUUCAAAGCAUCCAAGCAAGCUCCGGCGCUCACAGUGGAUCAGCUUCUUUAUUUGCACGACGUGUUAGAGUCUCAUCGUGAUCCAUGGACCCGGCACUUUGCUGGGUGUGCACUGGUGGCCACCUACAGUCGUUGUAGGUGGUCGGACAUUCAGCACUCCGACGAGCUCAUUUUGGACAGAGGCCCAGAUGGGCGGCUGACCUACUUGGAACUGAGGAGAGAUAUUGGCCUGGAUGAUGUCGGGCGCAUGCCUUUUUGUCCUGCGCCAGACUCGAGUGCUAGCCCCACGGUCCGUGGUAUCGACUCCGAGGAAGCUACAACCUGGAUGCGUCUGCUCCUCAGGGACAAGCCGUCUGCAGGAGUUGAUGGACUUUCCAUCCAGCGUCUGGGAUAUCAUGCAUCAGGUGGGCUCGACAUAGUCUACAGCAGAGAUGCCCAAGCACCCUACAUCCUCAUCGUGGAAAAGCUUCUGGCUGAGGGGCUUGGGGAUGAUGUGCCAGUGGCGGAGCUGGCCAGCGGCCCUGAGGUCAAGCUUGAGCGUCACGGUGCAGAUGGCCCCUCGCUCGAAGUCGUGGACCUGGAGGAAAGUGACGGUGCAGAUGUAAGGUCUCUUGGAAGCUCGACCUCAUCGGCCGACGAAGACGACCACCAGCCAGUUGCAGCCGUGGCGGGAGGGAAGCUCGUCCCAGAGGGCUUUGGCCUGCGUGCGAUGGCUCUCGUGACUUCAGAGGCUGCACUCAAGCAGAGGCAACUUGCGUUUGCCAUAGGCACACCGCGAUCUGAGCCGACGCCCGAGCAGUAUCAGGAGCUGGCAGCUCAGGUGUUCGGAGCUGCUGCUCCGAUUGGGAAAGUGGCACAGCUUAGAGAUUUGCACUUUGAAGCGACGACGUAUGUCAUCCAAGCCCUUAAGGAUCAGGUAAGCUCAGAUGCUACUGAACAUCAGGUGCGCAAGCUGCCAAUGGCAGAGCGUGCAGCCAGGUUGUCUGAUCAGCAGCGUAGGCUUUCAGGCGUCUCCAUCACUGGGGAGCUGCAGCCUUCCUAUGGGUUGGUUGAUAAGGUCAAUCAUAUCUUGGAAUCAGGGCAGCUUGUUUGGAUCUCCCCUUCCAUGUGUGGGAAGCGGGACCUGGAAGUCGCCCAAGGCAUUGAUCACAAGGCACAGGUUGUGCAGGUUGAGAAAGAAGCCUUGAAGGUAUCUGCCUCUCAGGUUGAAACCAAGGCGGAUGUGACCACGCCUCUGAUGCUUCACUUUGCCUUUCAGAGGAGGGGAAUUGCCUUUGAUCAGUGUGGACUGAUUGAGUGGAGCACGCAUCAGGAUUAUCUUCACAGGCUUCUUUUUGCCCUGAGCGCGCCUGUGCCCCCUGGUUUUACUCAGGUCACCAUACAACAGAUCGUGCGUGCUGACAAGGAAUUGUGGACCAUCAUGGCCCGAGAGUGCGUGCCCCCAUUCAAGGCGAAACCUGAUGGGACAAAGCCGCUUGAUGUCUCUAUGAGCAAGCUCAUGUUGGACUCUAGGGUCCAGAUGUGGCUGUUGCCUGUCAUGGUGUCACAAGCUAGCAGGAUCCAGGUCACAUCGAGUGUUGAGCCAUCUGACGCUCUCCCUCCCGAUGUGCCAACACCGCCGAAGAAGUUUCGUCUUCGGAAGAAGGCGAAGAAGGUCAUGCCGGAUGCUCUCAAAGGCUCGGCCGUAAGGGGCAAAUCCUUUUCAGCUGGAAGCUUUGUGCAUGGAGGCGUCGUAGGUGGCUACCCGUUUGCCUCCUUCACGUUUGGUCACAUCCUCGAUGUUGCAUCGGGACCUCAGUGGCUUCCUGCUGCAGAUUCAGGUUUCGUCCUUCGCAAGCCGAUGCUCACUGCUGAGCUUUCCGAGGAUGAGGUGCCCGGCAAGUGCUUGACUGACAUGCUUGUCAUCGAGGCCCUGCGUAGCCUCGAGGAGUUGAUUUGCACCGAGUCCGCCAGGAUAGCGCUAAUUUGGGCUGCAGUGCCUCAUGGGACGGCCAGUGUUGCAAGAUCCAAGCCGCUGCCGAGGUUUGGAUGGUCUUAUGGGGCGGGACAAAGCAAAGUGCGAGGUGUGCGUUGUGUUAUUGAAAAUCCGGUGUCGUCACUGUACUGGCAGACGGAGUUCUUUCGCUCUUUGCAGGCCGUGCAGCAUACCCUGACCUUCUGUGUGAUCGGGUUGCGGGGUGCUAAAGCUCCUCAACUGUUGCCAGAGUUUGGUCACCAUCUGCAAGUUGUUGCCACACCAUCUUCAAAGUUGCCGCAGGCCGAGAGCAGGAGUCCGUCUGUUGGCAUCAGGUGUGACUUGGACACUUCUGUGCUUGUGCCCUCCAGCUUGGUCGAGAUUGUCCUCUUCGGCAUCCCAGCUUCGCCUGAGGUGUUUGUCACGAAGGCUGUGGAAACGGGGCAUCCCGCAGACUUCAAGUCGUCUCUUGAGCCACUGCUCAAGAAAGUGGUCGAAGAAAACAUCGUGGGUGACGAGCUCAGACUUGCGAAAGCUAGGCUUGCUUUUGUGGCUAAGUGGUCUUCGAGGGCAAGGGCCCUGGAACAACAAGAGGCUGAAUUGCACGCGAGUCUGCCGAAGCACAUCAAGCAUAUCUUGAAAGGGAAGCGGCUUCUCCUUUUACAAGAAAUGAUUGAUUUCUAUGGACUGCCUGACACUGACCUGGUCAGGCACAUGAAGGAGGGCUUCAGUCUUAGUGGUUGGGUGCCCAGCAGCGGGUCCUUUCCUGCUUCAACGAAGAGGCCUGAGUUCUCUGUCGAUGCUUUAAAGCUUUUGUCUGCAGGUUUCAAUACAGCGACCUUGUCAAAGGCUAAAGUGCGACAGGAGCGUCCUUUGGAGGAAGCCACUUGGCAGGAAACUCUGGCUGAGGAGGAACAGGGCUGGGUUUGGCGUUGCGAGGACCAAGUGAUGGACGGAAAAGUCGUGGCGAGGAGAUUUGGGAUCUUCCAGAAUGGGAAGAUUCGGGUGAUUGAUGACCUGUCUUGCUGUGGGCUGAAUGCCACGGUAGGACUUAGAGAAAAGUUCGUUCUCCACUCCAUCGACAAGAUGGCAGCGAUGCAAGCUUAUGCUACUUCGUUGGUGAAGGAAUCGUUAAAGAAAAACGCUGCUUUCGGAAUAGAGUCUUUGUUUCAGUUGCUGGGCCUUACCUUUGCAAAGGAAGGGAAGAAGGCUCCUCCCUUCAGUACCGUCUUCAACAUGCUUGGGCUUUCCGUUAACCUAGGCCCUUUCAAGGAAGGGAGUAUAGAGAUUGGGCAUACUGAAAAACGUGUGUCUGAGCUAGAUACCUCCUUGGAGGCGGUUGUAGAACAAGGAUCUUUGAGCAUGAAGGAGGCUGAACGAUUGAGGGGAAGGAUGAACUUCUUCGAAGGCCACGCCUUCGGUCGUGGUCCUGCUCAGGCCCUGAGGACCAUCGACCAUCAUGCCAGGACGGGUGCCACUAGCAAGAAGCUUCCACCUGCUGUAGUGUCCGCCUUGACUGUGCUGAGAGAGCGCUUGAAAUCAGCCAUUCCGCUGCAAAUUUCAUCUGUAGCUCUCUCUACUUGGUACCUGUUCACAGAUGGUUCAUGUGAGGCUGCUGCAAGAACUGGAGCUGUUGGUGCGGUCCUCUAUGACCAGUGCGGCAGGGUCGUGUCUGCCUUCAGUGAAAGUGUGCCCACUCGAGUUAUGCAUGACCUCUUGCAAGACUCGGCCAAUCCUAUCUACGAGCUUGAGCUUUUUCCAGUGCUCAUCUCCUUUAGGAAGUGGGCUUCGUGGCUUGCUGGCUCGCAGGUGGUGAGUUUUGUGGACAACGAUGCUGCCAAAUAUGCAUUGGUCAGAUCGUGCUCUGCGACACAGACAGGUGCUGCAAUAGUCGAUGCCAUUCGCCUCAUUGAGCAAAGAUUUCAGUUACGUGUGUGGUAUGCUCGCGUGCCCACACACAGUAACCCAGCAGAUGCACCCAGCAGAUUGGAUGUGACCGGUCUUGAGAAAUUCCUCGUUGGCGACAUCUCCUGGGAGGUGUCAUCCACUGCUCUUUGA